AUGUUUCCACUAUCUGUCAGCAAUUCUCUUACAUGUUUGGGUGGGAAAUGUCGAAAAGAAAAAAAAGAAUCAUUUAUUACUUAUUUUAAAGAAAAACAUGUUAGAAAUGUGCCCAAAAAGAGAAUUCUCGCUUGGACUGGAUUUUUUUCUGAUACAACAUGGGAAGACAUGCAUGAUAACCAUUUUCAAACUUGUAAAGUUAAAUCGUGCACAUUCACAAACGACAGAAAAUAUUUUGAUGAAAGUGAUGCCAUUUUAUUUCACUCUGGUGCUCUAUCUAAUGUGAUGUCUAGUCUAGAUCUUCCAUCAUACCGCCACUUCUUUCAAAGAUGGGUGAUACACAAUAUUGAGCCACCGCCCCGAACGCUGCUAGGAUAUGAGCAGUUAGCAGGAGUGUUCAACUGGACAGCUUGGUAUCGGCUGGAUUCUGAUAUUCCAGUAAAAUAUGGUGGACUUGUUGAAUUAAAUGACAACAAUGCACCAAAGAGUGUCAAUAUUUCAAAAAAUUAUGGAUUAACAAAUACACGAAUGGCAGCUUGGAUGUCGAGUAACUGCCAUGAUUACGUACGGAGACAAUUAUUUAUAAGGGAGAUGAAAGGUCAUUUGGGCACGGACAUGGAUUUAUAUGGGGCGUGUGGUACAAAACAAUGUCCGGAGACAAUUUGUCGCGAUUUUUUAGAAAAUUACAAAUUCUUUUUCACAAUAGAAAAUUCUAACUGCAAAGAUUAUAUUACUGAGAAAUUUUGGGAAGCGUUGCGGAGAAGACAAGUUCCAAUAGUGACAGGCUCAAAAGGUUAUGAAAAAGUAGCACCAUCUCAUUCAUAUAUCAAUGCUGAUGAUUUUCAAAGUUCUAAAUCCUUAAGCGAUUACUUACUUUAUCUGGCCAAAAAUGAAGCCAAAUAUAAUGAAUAUUUAUCGUGGACAAACAAAUAUGACAUUUACGGUGAAAUCGCUGGUAGGAGAAAAUUUUGGUGUGACUUAUGCGAAGCUCUACAUGACACUGACAGACCUAGUCAAGUGUACAGAGAUCUUAAUGGAUGGGUGCAAGAUGAUAUGCCAGAUUGUCCCCAGUUUACGGUAAGUUUUAUCUUUUCUGAAUUUUUAAAUGUUAUAACUUGA